UUUAGUAAUUUCCAUGUUGACUUUUGAAGUAUUUUGCUUAAUUUUUAUAACUUUAGUUAAAAGUGAUGAAACUGCCAAAGAAAAUAAUAAAACCUCCCUAGACUACCGUCUACCCAAUGAAAGCUAUCCGCUGCACUAUGAUUUAAAACUCACCACAAAUGUUCAUACCGGUGAAAAAUCCUUUAAAGGUGAAAUCAUUAUAGAUAUUAUAAUUGUCGAAGCCACUGCAAAAAUUUAUUUACAUGCCUGUCAACUUGAAGUUGAGAAAGUUACUAUUGAAUCUCUUCCAACGGGUGAAUCGGAAGAGUUGGAGUAUGUAUAUGAAAAAGAACGUCAUUUUUUAAUAUUAAAUCGUUCAAAGUUGGAUAUGGAAUUUUCAGCUGAUACCCAAUGGAAAUUGAGCAUUAAUUAUAGCGGUGAAUUAGGUGUUAAUAAUGAAGGUUUCUUCUUGUCGAGUUAUAUGGAUGAGGAAGAUAAGGAGCAUUUCCUGGCCGCAACACAAUUUGAAAGUACAUAUGCUCGACUUGCCUUCCCCUGCUAUGAUGAACCGGCAAAACUUGCCAAUUUUACCAUAACCAUAAAUCACAGUCCCAACUAUACAGCCCUUUCAAAUUUGCCGGUAAAUGAAGAACUAUCCAGUCCCGGAAAAACUGUAUUCCUUACUACACCUCCUAUGGCCACAUAUUUAGUGGCUUUUAUUAUAUCCGAUUUUGAAUACACCGAAAUUAUAUCCAAUGAUUUACCACUUCGUUUAUAUUCCCAACCGGAACGUAAACUUGAACAUGAAUGGGCUUUAACUACUAGCAUACUAAUAGUGGAACAUUUAUCUAAAUACUAUGGCAUAGAUUAUAUGCUGCCCAAAUUAGAUCAGGUAGCUUUACCUAACUUUACAUCGGGUGGUAUGGAAAACUGGGGUUUAGCAACGUAUCGUGAGGAAGCUCUUCUAUACAAUAAAAACUCUACAACAGUUUUUAGCCAAACUGAUAUUACUACUAUGAUAGCUCAUGAGUUGUGUCAUCAAUGGUUUGGUAAUUAUGUAACGAUUCAAUGGUGGACUUAUUUGUGGCUGAAGGAAGGUUUAGCUUCAUUAUGUUCGUAUACAACUGUGGAUAAUAUCUAUCCUGAAUGGGAUAUUAUGCAAGAAUUCCAUACAAACAGUUAUCAAACUGCUUUGGUCACACAAGCCAUCAAUACAUCACGAGCCAUGACAUCAUAUGUUCAAACGCCCAAUGAAAUUGCCGGAAUUUACGAUGCUGUAUCUUAUAACAAGGCAAGUUGUGUGUUUAAUAUGUGGAGACAUGCUUUAACGGAAGAUAUUUUCAAACAAGCUCUGUACGACUAUUUAAGGGCUAACAAUUAUAGCACCGUAGAGGAAAAUCAACUUUUUACAGCCAUAGAUACAGCUAUGUUAGAAAAAAAUUCGAAUCUCUCGGGAAAUUUUACGGAAAUUAUGCUUACCUGGUCACAUCAGGGUAAUUAUCCUUUGCUAAAUGUAAAACGAGACUAUAAAUCGGGUACCUUUAGUGUAACACAGGAGACAUUUUACGAAGACAAAAACAUUAAAGGCAAUAAAACCUGGUUUAUACCCUUUAACUAUGUAACUGCUUCGACUCGGGACUUUAGCAAUACAAUAGCUACAGACUUCUUAUUGAAUAUUAAAGAAAUCGUAGUAGAAGAUGCUAAAAUUGCACCCGAUGACUGGUUGUUACUCAAUAAACAGUCCACUGGAUUUUAUCGCAUAAAUUAUGAUAAAGAAAAUUGGAAUCUUAUCAUAGAUAGUUUAAAGCUGCAAUACUAUAAUAUACAUCCUCUGAAUCGGGCCCAAUUGUUACAUGAUGCCUAUUACUUAAGUGUGUCUAAUCAUUUGACUCAUGAUGUUUUUUUGAAUCUGAUGACUUAUUUAGAGAAAGAGGAAGAGUAUGCCCCCUGGUCCACAGUCAAUGAUAUUGUUGUUAUUUUAAAUCGUUAUUUGAAUAGCGAUGAAAACAUUGAAGAUCUGAAGUUUUUUAUAGCUCAAUUAACUGCUCCCAUCUAUGAUAAACUGGGAAUUAAGGAUGUACCUGGCGAUCAACAUUAUCAAAAAUACACCCGAAGUUUUGUCAUUAAUAUUGCUUGUUGGGCGGGCUUACAAGCCUGUUUAAGGGAAACCAAGGAAAAAUUCAAAGCCUAUAUAGAGCAUAAUACACUUAUUGAACCCAAUUUACAGGCCGCCAUCUUUUGCAAUGGUCUUAUACAAUCCACUGAUGAGGAAUUUAAUUUUGUCUAUAACAAACUAAUGGAUUCUAAAGAUAAAAUAUUGCGUUCGGAAUUGAUUUCAUCCUUAGCUUGUUCUCUAAAAGAAAAUCAUAUAAAACAACUAAUAGAAAGUUCUAUUGAUGAGAAAAAUAAAUUACUUAAAGAGGAACGUUAUACAUUACUGAGUCCGGUUAUACGACGAAGCGGUGUGGGCAUUUUGGCAUGUAUUGAAUUCUUAAGUAACCACUGGCAAGCAUAUGGCAAUUUGAAGACUGAUGAUUCCAAUCUCGUGGAUUAUACUAUACGUGAAAUGUCUGUGUAUGUGAUGAAUAAAAAACAGAAAGAAACAUUUUUAGCUUUGGUGGAUAAGGUAAAGGAUAAAAAUAUGACCACUACUCUAGAAACGGAUGUUAAGUCUGUAAUUAAAUCCAAUUUUGAUUGGCUUGAUAAUAAUCGUAAAGCAUUGAUGUCCUGGUUGGAGCAAUAUCAUAGAGAUAAUGGCAAUGAUGUUGAUUCAACUGUUUAAAUAAUAAUUUUAGGAAUAUAAUAAUUUUCCGAACUACA